AUGCCUCCCGCGACCUGCCUGCUCGCCCUGGGCAGCGUCCUGCCCACCAGCCUGGCACCCCCUGGCACCUGCACUCUGCCUGCCCCCUUCCUGCCUCUUGCCAUCCUGCCCACCCACCUCUGGACACAAGCGUCUCUCCCUGUCCCAGUAACCCCCCUUCUCUGCCUCACCCCAGGAGGGAUAAGCUGCGUGCUGCUGAACUGCCGCAUUGAAGACAGCUGCAGCUUGGAGAGCAAUGGCAGUAGCACCGCCAGCACGAGGGAGGCCGAGCGGAGUGAUCCCCCGACUCCACAGCCAGCAGCCGAGAUCGGGAGCACAGAGGGGACCCUUCUGGACUUGGCCAUGAAGCGCCCAGUGGUCAGAUCGAAAAUCAAGUUCACGACGGGCACCUGCGACGAUGCGGCGCUGCACAAUUGUGAGCUGUGCGGCAAAGGCUUUCGUUUGCAGAGGAUGCUCAACCGUCACGUGAAGUGUCACAGCCAAGUAAAGAGACACCUGUGCACCUUCUGUGGCAAAGGAUUCAAUGACACCUUUGACCUAAAGAGACACGUAAGGACCCAUACAGGAAUUCGUCCUUACAAAUGUGAGAUCUGCAACAAGGCAUUUACCCAGCGAUGUUCUCUGGAGUCCCACCUUAAAAAGAUCCAUGGGGUGCAGCAGCAGUAUGCUUACAAACAGCGUCGUGAUAAACUUUACGUCUGCGAAGAUUGUGGCUACACGGGCCCAACGCAAGAGGACUUGUAUCUGCAUGUCAAUAACGCUCACCCUGGGAGUGCUUUCCUCAAGAAAACCUCUAAAAAGCUGGCAGCAGUCUUACAGAAUAAACUGACCUCUGUCCUGCAGCGGAACCCUGAAGAUGAUGAGGAAGACGAGUAACGCAGUGGAUUACAGCAGUCACAUGCAAUGAAGUUUACAUGUCAGGUGUUUUUUCAAACUGCUUUGAAAGGGAUCCGUGUAAUAGCAGGCAUCUUGUCCUUUUGAUAAUGACAGGCUGUGGAUGUUACAACCUCAAUGUGAGAGAAAUGUUCUCAGCUUAAUGCACAUACAAGGCUUUUUUAAUCGUGAGAAUAAAAGGGAAAAUUUUGGAGCCAGCAUCGCCUGUGGAUAGAGCCCUGCACUGAUACUCGGGAGAUUCCACGUCAGUUCCCAGCUCUGCCACUGGCCUGCUGUGUAACCUUGGGCAAGUCACUUAA